AGACCAAGAGAUGGAUGUGAAUGUGUUAUCCCCCAGAGGAAUGUGUAGAAGGGAAGGGCAGGUGCCUUAGCAGUCAUCCAAGGGGGCUGAGCAAGCCCCUCCCACCUUGAUCCUGCUCCACUGCCACUGAAAAGCCUAUUUCUGGCCAAAAUUCAGCUUUGUGGAGUGGGAACCUGAGGAGCCAAGUUAUGAAUGUCCCCUCUGUGCUCACGGUCUCCAGGGCCUCUCUGCAGGGGGGUGACCUGGCUCGGAGCUCUCCCUGCGCCGGAUCGGGGGCAGUCAGUGUGUGAAGUCCGAGUUCCCCCUGCUUUCUUAUAGAGAAAAUAAUUCCCUGUUAUGUCUCCUGACUGACAGAGCUGCUUGGGAUGACGGGUCUGUGUUUGACACAGGAAGGUGGGGCAGGAGAGGAGGAAAUUUGCCUGAAGUGGGGUGAAUUUGCCUGAGCCGGUGGCCGAGCCGGAAAAUGCAAAACAAUCCUUAUGAGGGAAAAAAAUAAAUAUGCGGCUAUGCUUAAUAACUAUUUCUUUUUAUAGAACAACUCUUGGAAUUGCUCUUUGAUUAGAGGAGGGAAGGUAUCGCUGCCGUGCGCCGGGGCAGAGCUCACAUCCUGCCCGGGGAGGGCAUGUUAGCAGGGCUGCAGCCCCCCUGCCCCGAGCCAUGCUGUGAGGAGGGGACAGCCCAGCCAUCCAGCAGCAGGAAUGAUGGCCCAGUCCCGGGCCAACGGCUCUCACUACGCCCUGACAGCCAUCGGGCUGGGGAUGCUCGUCCUCGGCAUCAUCAUGGCUGUCUGGAACCUCGUCCCGGGCUUCGGCCCCCCCGAAAAACCCGCCACCCCCGCCGGGAACAGCAGCAAACCCGACCGUGGCUCCGGGGGCAUCUUGAAGAGCAAGACCUUCUCGGUGGCCUACGUGUUGGUGGGAGCAGGGCUGCUCCUGCUCCUGCUCUCCCUCUGCCUCAACGUCCGGGACAAGAAGAGGCGGAGCGAGGACAUCGCCAUCGCCCACGUGCAGCGCCAGGUGCCUGCGGAGCCCUCGCAGCAGGAGGACAGCCUGAACUCUUUCCCCUCUAGUCAAGAAGAGGAUGAAGACGUGUCUUCCCAGUACUACGUCCCCAGCUACGAGGAGGUGAUGAACACGGGCUACUCGGAGCCCAGAGACUCGGACAGGAGCAACAGGCUGAGCGUCUCCCUGCCCUCCUACGAGUCUCUGACGGGGCUGGAUGAGAGCAACCAGGCUCCAGGAGCUGCAGGCACGGAGCCAGGCACGGAGAGACAGCCCAGCCGGCACAGCUCCCGCCUCAGCAAGCGCCUGAAGCCGCUGAAGGUCCGGAGGAUCAAGUCAGAGAAGCUGCACCUGAAGGACAUCAGGCUAAACCUGGACCAGGGGAACAGCACUGUCCCUAUCACGAUAGAGCCCCUCACCCCUCCGCCCAAGUAUGAGGAGAUCCAGGAGAAAGCGCCAGUGAGCCAGCAAAUGCCUUAAAAGAAGAAAAAAAGAGGGAUCUGUGAUGCUGCUGGGUUGAGGGUUUUUAUAAACCCACCAGGCCAAGAGGGGCUUGGUCUGUGGGUGCAGAAGCAGCCAGGGCUCCCUGGAAGCUGCCACGUGGAGGACGUGAUGGGUGUGGUAGCACUGCAGCACAAGGAUGGGACACUUUUUCCCUGGGACUGGGUUUUACAAAAGACUGUGGGGAAAGAAGCCUGAGUGCCACAGGUUCUGCUGCUCUGAAGUAAAUGAAGGCUGGAUGUACCAAAAGUGUCACUUAUUGUGUUUGAUAUAAGACCACCCAAUGCAUCCUGUAACCUCCUCUGCCUCUCACCUCCAGCAAGACUUUUCCAAGCCACCAAACUGAUAUUGAAGAAGGAUUUUUCCAAGUGGAAAAGCAAAAUGUUCCUUUUUUUGGGGGUGUCUUUUCUUUCUGAGGAAGGGAAGGCGCGUUGCCAGAGCAGCACCACGGCUUUCCCACCCUCCCAGCUGGGUUGGGCUGGUGGCCCAGGGCCAGCCCUGACUCCUGCCAAGGUCUCUGCUGGCUGGUGGGAAGCAUCUGAAAGGGGCCCCGUGCUCCUCGGGUAGAGGAUGGAUUUCCUGCCUCAGUUGCUUUCCCUGUUUUGUGUUUUGUGCUCCGUUCGAGGCGAGUGGGUAACUCGGGGGGGGUGGGAGCUGCACCAGUGCCAGGGGUGCAGGGUGAAACCACUGCUGAGCAUCCUGUGCGGGCAGACUUGGGCUGAAUAAAUGUUUUGUACGUUG